AAUAAUGGAACAUAUUCUAUUGAGGUGGAUAUUUCUCCAAAUGGCCUUGUCUGUUUCCCACCAACUGAUCAAAAACAGAAUCAACUUCCCAACUACCAGAGGAAUGUAAAGUGCAUACUUCCUGUGGAAGAAGAUGAGCCUAUAACAUACCAAAUCAAGAUCAAUCUUUAUGAGAAUGACAGUAAUGGAAAAACACUUCUUGAUUGUGUUACGUAUCAUGUUAGUACACAUGAGAGGAACCAUGAUGUCUUUGAUUAUCAAGAAGGAAGAAAUAUCACUGAAGUUGAACGACCCCAGCUGAAGAUUAAAAUGACAGGUAUUCUGGCGAAUGCUAUUGGAAGAAAAAUCAUAAUGCACUUCCAAAACUUGGGUGAUAAUGGACUGUACCAACAGUUUUAUGUGGAGCAAAGGAAACUACAUCAAGGUCUUAAAUUGCUUGGAGAAAAAUUUGGAGAAGAUUAUUACAAGGACCUCCCACUGUCUGUUGAGUUAGAGGAAAGUAUUAUACUGUUUGGUCAAAACAAGUUGGAUGAAUGCAAAAWCACUGCUAUGAGGGUGCUUGAACGUGCCAUAAACACUCCGAACGGUCUCUUUUUAAUGGCCAAGGCCCAUUACAUUAUUUCUGCUAUUUACAGACAAUGGGGCGACUUUUUACUCGAAGCAGUAGAAGUAUGUGAAGAAACGGCUGUCAAUCAGUACAAUUGGGCGGCGUUAUAUGCUGAGAAGUCAGCCAAGGCUCCUUUAUCAAUUUGCGAGAAGGAGGAAGCUGAAUAUCGAUUUGAAAACACUCAGUURCAUUGGAGAAACCARGCACAGAACAACACGAAMCGAUGCCCAAUGAGGGCACUAACAAGAAAAAUAAAUUACCAUUUGGAAACGUCCAGGCAGAGAUGUCCUGAUAUGAGYCAACAAGUGUCUGAAGAGGCACUUGCCAAAGCAGCUCAAGCCAUCCAAGACGUGGAACGUAAUCUCUUGCAUGACUCUUCCAAGAGAAAUCGAGUGACUUUUUGCAUUGCCAAAUCAGAUUACCAUAUACGUAGGACAUCAAUGAAUGGAUCGGUUUACACGGCUGAAGUUAGAAAAGGAGAUGCUGAGACCGCCGCUUCGAUUCUUAAAUCAGCCCUGGCCAUUGCCAAAGAACUGAUUCUUAUCAAAGAGAUUGAAGGGAUCGAAGAUAGAUUGAGGAACAUUGAUCUCUUWAUGCAAACCAACUGGCAGUCUCAAAACCGACCGCAUUCUUCCAGAGCAAUAGUGCCAUAGAAAGAGAUGAUGAGUCCAUAGACGGUUUACUGAUAGAGUUGGACAGGCAUUCACACUAACUAACCUCGGAUUAACGURAACCAGAAUGGGGCUCCAGAGGUAAAAUGCCUCGUAGCCUGAGUGGAACUAGAUUAUGAGUCGAUAGUCGACCUACUGUUAGGGUUGGCCAGGCGGUCACUCGAACUAACAACGGGUUAACCUGAACCACUGUUCAAGCAGGCCGAAGGUAUCUGAAGUCUACACGCCUCUAGAAGAGCGAUAUCUGGGAGCCAAUUGAGAGAAACAAAUAGACUUGAUAGACUUGACUGACCAGAAAGUAUUCACCCAAAUGAGUAAGUAGAUUAGUGUAUUUACUCAAGGGUG